AAAAAAAAAAAAAAAAUUAUCCAGAGUAGUAAGCAGAGAUUUGCUAAGAAAAAACAGUGCUUGACUACUGUGGUAGCCUUUGUAGAUGUCAUGUCAUGACUGGCUGGGUAGGUGGCUUAGUCGCCUGGCUUAAUGCUGGAUCUGAUAGACAUUUUGAAUCGCAGGAUCCUGGAAUGGCUUGGGUUGGAAGGGACAUUAAAGUCCAUCAGGUUCCAAACUCCUGCAGUGCGUUGGUUGCCACCCACUAGGUCAGGCUGCUUGGAGCCCUAACCAGUGAGGCCUUGAACAUCUCCACAGAGGGAGGCUCUCUAGACGUGGGGGCUCUCCCAUCAGCUGGAUGAGCAGGGAUGCUCCAGUGUGACUCUAGGACUGCAGCCCUGGACAAGGGACAGCUCCUCUCCUGUCUCUGGCACGGUGCCCGUUGACCUGCCAGCAGGUCAAAGAAAGCAGACCUCGGAAGUUUGCCUGAAGCACUUUGUAUGCAGGCUUGAAGGGAAUCAUGCCCUUCCUAUGCCACUUUGCCUCGGGGAAUUGUAUGAGGGUUGAAGCUUUGAUGUGUGAAGGCUUGGAUAGGAAAGGAUCCUAAAACCCACCCAAGCCCAAGUGCCUGCCAUGGGAGCGCUGCCACCCAGCAGGUCAGGUUGGAACAGGGCCCUGUCCAACCUGGCCUGGAGUGUCUGCAGGGAUGGGCACCCACGGCCUCUCUGGGCAGCUGUGCCAGGGCCUCACCACCCUCCGAGUGAGGAAUUCCCUCUCACAGUUCCCCUGGCCUCCACUUUUCUCAGGUCAAAACCGCUCCCCCUUGUCCUCUCACCAUCAGACCACGGAAAGUCAGUCAGCACACGCACUAGAAAUGCUGGCUGUGCUGUCGACCCGCAGACCUUUACUAGACUCUCUGCUGUGACGCCCCGGCACAAGCGCGGUGCGAAAGGCCUGAGGGAGGCCAUGCUUGCUCCCUGCUGGUGCAAGCACCCUGCUGAUGCAAGCACCCUGCUGAUGCAAGCACCGGGCCCAACGCUCUGUGCUGCCCACAGGAGCUGCUGCCCUCUUGUGUGGGUGCCACGCCCUCAGCCCUGUGAGGUGGUGGCCGUGAUGUCACAGUGGUGUCAGGGAGCGGCCAUUGUGACACGCGGGGCUGGGAGCAGAGCAAAGGCUGCUGGGCUGGGGCCGUGCUCAGUGCGGCCUGGUGAGGCGUGGAGAGAGCAGCGACUCUCUUGUUUCUCGCCAUCGAUGCCGAACAUGUCUGGAAGGAAGAAGGAGGCCCCCAAGUCUGGGAAGCCAGUGUGCAUGCUGUGCCGCAGGGCACGGGUCGACCCGGACAUCUGCGGGCAGACAUCUGCCGAUGGUGGGCUCUGUGCCCACCGCUUCUGCUUGUUCUUUGCCAACGGCCUUUUGAAAUGGAAACGCCCUACGGGGGGAAUUUUUGGCUUCCCCCCGGAUGCCAUCCAGCACACAAUCCAGCUGGCAGACCAGAAGCGCUGCUUUGUCUGUCGUGGGAAGGGAGCUGCCAUCAGCUGCGCAGAGACAGGCUGUGAGCGCAGCUUCCAUCUGCCCUGCGCCGAGAAGGGGGAAUGCGUCACGCAGUACUUUGGGCAGCACAGGUCCUUCUGCUGUGAGCAUCGCCCUCGGCAGGCAGCGGAGGCAGCUCCAUCUCACAACACUCUCUGCGUCAUCUGCCUGGAGCCCGUGGGGGACAGCACGUCCUACCACACCAUGGUGUGCCCGACGUGCAAACAGGCCUGGUUCCACCGGGGCUGCAUCAGGAAACAGGCCAUGCAUGCUGCCACCAUGCUCUUCGUCUGCCCUGUCUGCAGAGGAAAAGCGCGAUUCCGUGCCAAAAUGGCUAAGCUGGGGAUCCAAAUUCCAGUCAGACGACCAUCUUGGUGGGACGAUGAAGCGUACCAGGCGCUGCGAGAAAGGCACAGGCGCUGUGAUGUCAGCAUCUGCUAUUACCGAAGAGGCAGGGAGGAGGCAGAGGAACAGGGGCUCUGGCAGCUGCUCCUCUGCCGCUCCUGUGCCGCAAAUGGCACGCACUGGUACUGCUCCUACUGGUACAGCAGAGGAGGCACCUGGGAGUGCGAUACCUGUGCUGGUGAGGCCAUUGCGUCCCGCCGCAACUACAACCUCGGCAUCCCCAGCACUUCCAGCCAGAUGGCACCGGGGCCAUCCCCGGCAGCUGCACCCAGAAAGCAUCCCAGGCAGCGGGGGACUGGCCGCACAAGAAGCCGUUCCCCAUUGCAAGGUCGGGCCUCAGGCUCCCAGAGUCGGCCCCGAAGAUGCCGUGGCACCAGCCGUACAACAGCCCGAGGUGCUCAGAGCAGCACUCGCACCUCGGCCAGACCAGCACCACCGAGGUCCUCGAGGGCUUCCCCUCUGCCUGCACGCAGGAGGCAAUCCAGGCAGCGAGGGCGGGCCCACACUCGAAGCCGAUCCCCAGUGGGGCGUCGCGCUUCGACUUCCCGCAGCCGGCCCCGAGGAGGCCGUGGGAGCCGGUCCAGGCAGCGGGGACCGGCCCGGGCACCAAGCCGCUCCCGGGCCCAACAUCGCAGAAGACGUCCCCGCAGCCGGUCCCAAAGGCGGCGCUGAAGCAGCCACCCUGUUCCAUCCCCACGUGACGGUUGUGCUUCCAAGCGGCAAAGAAAAUAAACCGUGAAGAGAGUCCACACAUAUUGGCUUCAUUCUUCAGUGGACCAGCCCGGGCACAAAGCCUCUCUCAGGUGCAGCAACAGAGAAGACGUCCCCAUAGCCACCAGCAUCAGAGAAGACGUCCCCACAGCCAGUCCCAAAGACGGUGCAGAAGCGGCCGUGUCCCAUCCCCACGUGAUGGCUGUGGUUCCAAGCAGCUAAGAAAAUAAACCUUCAACAUACUCCACAUGUGUUGGCUUCAUUCUUCUCUGCUUGUCCUGCGGUGGGCACUGUUAGGGGCUGAGACCGCAGCGUUGUCUUCUCCCCAGC